AUGCAGCACUGCGCAUUCUAUAUAAAGGACUGCCGACUCCUCCUGCGUGCUGAGGUCUCACAGCUAAACCCUGACAAAAACGGCAAAGAUCACUUUGAUGAUAGAGACUCUGAGAGCUGCUCCUGUGAAGCCACCACAGACCAGCCAGACCUGCAUGCUCACCUCAACUGCUGCAACUCUACCAAGGUGGAAACCAGCUGCUAUAUGAUCUAUGAAUGUCCCAGCUACAUAGGUGAUCAAUACUUUCUGAGGAAGGGAAAAUAUCCUGACUACUAGCACUGGAUAGGCUUCAGUGACUUUCUUAGGUCUUGUUGAAUCAUCACAGUGCUAAGCCAAGUUCAGGUUCAAGUGCUGAAAGCUAGUGCAGACACUUGUGUCCUCUCAGGCUGUAGAGGGAAAGAAGUCACAGAUGAGGUGGGUGGGAACAAGAUGAAAGAAGGGAAGUUGAGGCACAGCCAGCUACAGAUCUAUGAAAGGAAUGAAUUCAAAGGCAUGACAUUGGAGUUCACAGAAAACUGCCCUUCUCUCCAGAAUGACUUUCACUACAGGGACAUCCAGUCUUGCAACAUACUUGAAGGAAGCCAGGUUUCCUAUGAACAGCCACUCUUCUGAGGACAGAAGUAAAUCCUGAGGCCUGGUGAGUACAAGCAAUUCACUGACUGGGGUGCCAUGACUGCCAAAGUUGGAUCCUCCCAACCAACAGCAGUUAUUUCCUAA